UGGAUACAAGCCUGCUAAUACUUUUACUCUGCCAGUACACUUGGCAGUCUGCUAAAUCUUUUAUUAGUUACUGGUGUUCUUGGAGCUGUACGUUAAAAAGAGAAGCCUCGGUUCAGCAACACAAGAACAUCAAGAAGGAACAGAAGAUGGCUGAGGAGCAGCAGAGAAUUCAGAUUCCUAGAGUGAAACUGGGAAAUCAAGGACUCGAGGUUUCCAAGUUGGGGUUUGGCUGUGCGGGACUUUCUGGAGUCUACAAUGAUCCUCUCCCUGAUGAUGUUGGCAUAUUGACCAUCAAGCAUGCUUUUGAUAGGGGAAUCACUUUCUUCGAUACAUCAGAUAUCUAUGGACCCGAAACUAAUGAAAUACUGGUUGGAAAGGCACUGAAGCAGCCACCACGAGAGAAGGUGCAGUUAGCCACAAAAUUUGGUAUUACAAAAAUGGAUACUACUGGUGUCAUGGUAAAUGGUACUCCUGAAUACGUCCGCGCCUCUGUUGAGGCUAGCAUGAAGCGCCUUGAUGUGGAAUACAUUGAUCUCUACUAUCAGCACAGGGUCGACACCACCACUCCCAUAGAGGAUACUAUGGGUGAACUCAAGAAGUUGGUGGAAGAAGGGAAAAUAAAGUACAUUGGUUUAUCUGGAGCUAGCCCUGAAACUAUAAGGAGAGCACAUGCGGUUCAUCCCAUAACUGCUGUACAAAUGGAGUGGUCCCUCUGGACUCGUGACAUUGAGGAAGAAAUAGUCCCCCUUUGCAGGCAACUCAGAAUUGGGAUUGUUCCAUACAGCCCUAUUGGUCGUGGUUUCUUUGGUGGCAGAGCAGUUGAGGAAAGUGUGCCUGCAAAUAGUUUUCUGGGAAUUUUCCCAAGGUUUCAAGGAGAAAACUUGGCCAGAAACAAGAUCUUAUAUCUGAAAGUAAAGAAGUUGGCUGAGAAGCAUGGAUGUACCACUGCACAACUUGCACUUGUCUGGGUUCUUCAUCAAGGAGAUGAUGUAGCACCCAUUCCUGGAACAACCAAGAUCAAAAAUCUUGAUUGCAACAUUGAUUCACUGAGGGUGAAGCUCACAGAAGAAAAUUUAAAAGAGAUUUGUGAUGUGAUCCCCAUAAAUGAGGUAGCAGGCGCUCUUUUGCCGGACAGUUUAAGUCAUCUCUCAUGGAAGUUUGCUAACACACCAUCAAAGCGUAGGAAGAUUUCAACUUAAAUUAACCUAUGGAUGCAAAGUCUGCAGCAGAGUAUGAUAUUUUUGGUGAAUGGACUCCCUCCAGCAACUGAAACUAUUGAAAGACUAGAAGUUUAUAUUGAUGAGUUAGUAAGCUUUGGAUGCAAUAAUGAAGGGCAUUACCAAAAAUAAAUAAGCAGGCUAGUUAGGAUAGUAGCUUUGCUGUUGAAUGGUUAUCAGAGAAAGAAUGCAUUUCCUUGUAUGGAUUUCCUGUCUGUUCUUUGUUCCUAGUAAUCCCCAGUGCUUGUAUUUGUUAACAGAAAAGGUUAAGAUGCUGUAUAAGAACUAUGUUUUCAUUUAGUACUCUAAUACAAUUCAUCUUGAUCUCUUA